AUGGCGACCACUACAAUAACUACCACCGCGCGGAAGAAAGAUGCGAACCUUCCACCAGAGAACGAGCGGUACUUGCGAUGCUGCGCAGACAUUGCGAAUGCCCUCAUCGAGGACCAUGAGGCGACGAAGAAUCCCUCCCAGCCCAAAAAAGACAUCAACCUGAACAGCCUGCGAGCCAGGAUUGCGAGGAAGCACAAGGUCGGAAGCCUGCCUGCGCUGACGGCCAUCAUUGCUGCUGUUCCUGAGCAGUACAAGAAGUACAUCCUGCCGAAACUGGUGGCAAAGCCAAUAAGAACCUCCUCCGGUAUAGCAGUCGUUGCUGUCAUGUGCAAGCCGCACCGAUGUCCCCAUAUCGCAUACACGGGCAACAUCUGUGUCUACUGCCCGGGCGGCCCUGACUCGGAUUUCGAGUACAGCACCCAGUCCUACACAGGAUACGAGCCGACAUCGAUGCGAGCAAUCCGUGCGCGCUACGACCCCUUCGAGCAAGCCCGUGGCCGCGUCGACCAGCUCAAGGGUCUCGGCCACUCGGUCGACAAGGUGGAGUACAUCGUCAUGGGGGGGACCUUCAUGUCGUUGCCCGAGUCAUACCGGGACGAGUUCAUAUCACAGUUACACAACGCGCUGAGCGGAUACCAGACGACCAACGUCGAUGAAGCCGUCGAGGCUGGGGAGAUGAGCAACAUCAAGUGCGUGGGGAUCACAAUCGAGACGCGACCGGACUACUGUCUGCAGCCGCAUCUGUCUAGCAUGCUGCGGUACGGCUGCACCCGCUUGGAGGUCGGAGUCCAAUCACUGUAUGAGGAUGUCGCGCGUGAUACCAACAGGGGGCACACCGUUGCCGCGGUUGCGGAAACAUUCUGCCUGGCCAAGGACGCCGGCUUCAAGGUGGUCAGCCACAUGAUGCCGGACCUACCAAACGUCGGCAUGGAGCGGGAUUUGGAUCAGUUCCGAGAAUAUUUCGAGAAUCCAGACUUCCGGACAGACGGCCUGAAGAUCUACCCGACGCUGGUCAUCCGCGGAACGGGCCUGUACGAGCUAUGGCGGACGGGGCGUUACCAAAACUACACGCCAAACGGCCUGAUCGACCUGGUGGCGCGGAUCCUGGCGCUGGUGCCCCCGUGGACGCGUAUCUACCGCGUGCAGCGCGACAUCCCCAUGCCGCUGGUCACGUCGGGCGUCGAGAACGGCAACCUGCGGGAGCUCGCGCUCGCGCGGAUGAAGGACUUCGGGACGACAUGCCGGGACGUGCGGACGCGCGAGGUGGGCAUCAACGAGGUCAAGCACAAGAUCCGGCCGAACCAGGUGGAGCUCGUGCGGCGCGACUACACGGCCAACGGCGGGUGGGAGACGUUCCUCGCCUACGAGGACCCCAAGCAGGACAUCCUGGUGGGCCUGCUGCGGCUGCGCAAGUGCUCGGCCAAAUACACGUUCCGGGAGGAGCUGUCGGGCCAGCAGACCAGCCUCGUGCGGGAGCUCCACGUCUACGGCAUGGCGGUGCCGGUGCACGCCCGGGACCCGAAGAAGUUCCAGCACCAGGGCUUCGGGACUCUCCUGAUGGAGGAGGCGGAGCGGAUCGCGAGGGACGAGCACGGGAGCGAGAAGAUCAGCGUCAUCUCCGGCGUGGGUGUGCGGAGCUAUUAUAGAAAGCUGGGCUACUGGCUUGACGGACCCUACAUGAGCAAGUGGCUUGACGGGCGACCUGGGCCGGUUGCAUAG